UGAAAAAUGAAAUGCACCCGAAAUUCAGAAACGGGAGCUGUCGUGAUUUCGCAUUAGAGUUCACACCCAACAAAAAGCUGUAAAUUUUGGAUCCCUUUCGUGUUCUCAUCUUCUCCAUCCAAAUUCCCAAUUCCUCUCUGUGGAUCCAGCCCCACCGGUUUUCAGCCGACCUAGAUCCCGUUCAAUUCCCCUCCGAUCUGCCUUCAAUCGUCUCCACCGAUGUUCCUCAUUGACUGGUUCUACGGCGUCUUGGCCUCCCUUGGUCUCUGGCAGAAGGAGGCCAAGAUCCUCUUUCUCGGCCUCGAUAAUGCCGGCAAAACUACUCUUCUCCAUAUGUUGAAGGAUGAGAGGCUUGUUCAGCACCAGCCAACACAGUACCCGACGUCUGAGGAGUUGAGUAUUGGAAAAAUCAAAUUCAAGGCGUUUGAUUUGGGUGGGCAUCAAAUUGCUCGUAGAGUCUGGAAGGAUUAUUAUGCUAAGGUAGAUGCUGUCGUGUACCUAGUCGACGCCUUCGACAAAGAAAGGUUUGCAGAAUCGAAGAAGGAGCUCGACGCUCUUCUCUCUGAUGAAUCGCUUGCUAACGUGCCAUUCCUUAUAUUGGGCAACAAGAUCGACAUUCCAUAUGCAGCCUCAGAGGACGAAUUGCGCUACCAUCUUGGCUUGACCAACUUCACCACUGGCAAGGGAAAAGUAAAUCUGACUGAUUCAAAUGUACGUCCAUUAGAGGUAUUCAUGUGCAGUAUCGUUCGCAAAAUGGGUUAUGGCGACGGUUUCAAGUGGAUGUCUCAAUACAUCAAGUAGGUAAUAUCAACGAGGUAUGUCAACGGUUUCACGAACCGAUGAAAUCCCGUCGUCCUAAGCCCCCUCGAGUCGUCAGAGAUUGCAGUUUGAUAUCCAGUGUGUUGGAGGGGCUUUGGAUUGAACUUUUUUCUUUUUUGUUUUUGCUUUCAGACGAUGUGUGGAAGGAGGAGGUACUCUAAUGCUUUCUAUGUAAAAUUCACUUCCUACCUCAAGUUUAUUAUUUUUAACAUUCUUGUCUCUUGUUAUUGA